AUGGGGAGGGAAGAAGAUGUUAAGAUUGGAGCAAACAAAUUCUCAGAAAAGAAUGCAUUGGGCACAGGAGCUCAGAGUGAUAGUAAGGACUACAAGGAAGCACCACCAGCACCAUUGUUUGAGCCAGGGGAGUUGAAGUCAUGGUCUUUUUACAGAGCUGGAAUUGCUGAAUUUGUUGCAACUUUCUUGUUUCUUUACAUCACUGUCUUAACUGUCAUGGGUGUGAAUAGAUCAACCUCUAAGUGUGCCUCUGUUGGUAUUCAAGGAAUUGCUUGGGCUUUUGGUGGUAUGAUCUUUGCACUUGUCUACUGCACUGCUGGAAUUUCAGGUGGACACAUAAAUCCAGCUGUGACAUUUGGUUUGUUUUUGGCUAGGAAACUGUCCUUGACCAGAGCAGUAUUCUACAUAAUAAUGCAGUGUCUUGGAGCUAUCUGUGGUGCUGGUGUGGUGAAGGGUUUUGAGGGUAAUGCUCGUUAUGAGUUGUUCAAAGGUGGAGCAAAUGUUGUGAAUCCUGGUUACACUAAGGGGGGUGGUCUUGGAGCUGAGAUUGUCGGUACUUUUGUUCUUGUUUACACUGUUUUCUCUGCCACUGAUGCCAAGAGAAAUGCUAGGGAUUCUCAUGUUCCGAUUUUGGCACCUCUUCCAAUUGGGUUUGCUGUGUUUUUGGUUCACUUGGCUACUAUUCCUAUUACUGGAACUGGUAUUAACCCGGCUAGGAGUUUUGGUGCUGCUAUAAUAUACAACAGAGACCAUGCUUGGGAUGACCAUUGGAUUUUCUGGGUUGGACCUUUCAUUGGAGCUGCUCUUGCUGCAUUAUAUCACCAGAUAGUGAUUCGAGCAAUUCCUUUCAAGACAAGGGGCUAA